ACAACUACUUUACCGGUCACUAUUCACACGUCACCCCCAACUAAUUAACUCGCCAGAACCCGCCGAAUUUUGAAAUAAAAACCCUAGCCGCCACAGAAUUCCCUCAACAAUGGCGGCGUUCACACUUACUCUCCCUCUUUCUCCACCCAAUUUUGUCUCACCGGACACCAAUUCCCCAAUCGGCGCAGCUUACAUAAGCCAUUUAAGCCGUUUCCGUAACCUUAGCCGGUCAAUUUCCUGUUUGGCUCAUCCAGAGAAGGAGCCAUUUAAGCCGAUAACAGAGGAGAAGAUUCUAGAAGCAGUAGCUGAUUUCAACGGUGCCGAGAAAAGUAUACCGUGUUUGAGAACUUAUGAGAAUGAUUUAGGUAGACUUACGUUGAUUGGCGGUGUUGAUUUUCAGCAAGCACUUACCGCUGCGGCGGCGGAUGGUGGUGAAGCUGCUGGUGAACAUAUUGCUGCUGGUGUUAAUGCUAUGGUUGUUGAAACAUUGUUUCCAGGGUAUAUGAAUGAGCGCAGUACUGUAUCUACUAGAUUG